UUUGUAAAUGUUUAGUUCCUUCUGAAAAAGGAAGUCGCGCGAAAGUUUUACGUUAAUUUUAAGUUAAUUAUUUUUUGAAGUUUUCUUUUAUGUGCUUUACAGUUUAUGUAGUGGCACUUUUUUAAGACACAAGUUUAAGUUAUAUAUUUAAGUGUAGCCUUUGAAAAUGGCAACCAUACACAUGAUGAAUGGGCAUGGUCAUCAUCAUUUAAUGAACGGAGUAAUAAAUGGACUUGCUCAUGUAAAUUUAAGCGGAUAUCCUUUGAAUUUGGAACAAGACCCUGAUGAUGAAAACCCCACUAAUUUGAUCAUAAACUAUUUACCCCAAGAAAUGACUGAAGAAGAAUUACGAACAUUAUUUUCUUCCGUUGGACCUUUAGAAUCAUGUAAACUUAUUCGUGAUAAGGUUACUAGAGCAAGUCUUGGUUACGCAUUUGUAAAUUAUCAGCAUGCAGCAGACGCUAGAAAAGCAAUUGAAUCAUUACAAGGAAUGAAAUUAACAAAUAAAACUAUUAAAGUAAGUGUUGCACGACCAAGCUGUACUGAGAUUAAAAACGCUAAUCUUUAUGUGAGCGGCUUGCCCUUAACUUGCAACGAAAAUGAUUUACGAGAACUAUUUGCUAGUUACGGAUCAAUUAUUACUAUAAAAGUUCUGUAUGAAGAGUCGGGACAAAGCCGAGGCGUCGGUUUUGUUCGUUUUGAUAAACGCAACGAUGCUGAAGCGGCUAUAAAUGGGUUAAAUAACCGUAUUCCUGAGAUUAACGGAGCUAUAAAACCCUUAACUGUAAAGUUCGCUAAUCCUCCGUCUCAGAAAAUUCAACCGUACUUAGAUAUUUUGGCUCAAGCAAAAGGUCUUGCUGGAUCAGCCUUUUUGAGGCAGGUGGGUCUGUCGCAAUUAUCUCCGAUAAAUUCAAGUGGUGCAUCUCUUACUACAUCACCAAUAAAUUCUCCAUUGUCUCCUAAUUCUUCAGUGUUAAGAAACAACUUAGUUGUCAAUUCAUCCAACUCUUCAUUAAACAAUCCAUCAUGGUGCGUAUUUGUUUACAAUUUACCCUCUGAUGCCUCAGAACUAACGCUUUUUCAACUAUUUUCAAAGUUUGGAGCCAUCCAAAGUACAAGAGUUGUUUAUGAUGAAAACACUAAAAAAUGCAAAGGAUUCGGAUUUGUUAAUAUGGCGCAUUAUGAAGAUGCGACCAUGGCUAUUCUUCAUCUUAAUGGUUAUUGUUGCGAGCGAGGAAAACCCCUUCAGGUCUCGUUUAAGCGACCGAGAAACCAAGCGGGUAUGUCAAUUAUGUGAUGUUUUUUUAUUUGAAAAUUUGCCUAUUUUGUUUACUUUUCAAUGAAAUUUUAGCGUUAAAAACACUUGCAUUUUAAAUAUUAUUUUCUCCUCUCAUUUUCUCUUUCUAUGGUGGUUAAGUUGUAAAACUUUUAGAACUUUGUUAAAUGUUUUUUUGGUUAGGUUUUCAAUAAAUGAUAUAUUAGUGAAUUUGUAUCUUAACGGGUUUAGUUUUAUGCCAGUUAGAUUUGAAACGCUUUUUAAAAAACUUUAAAAUGAAAAUAUCUGUGUUCUUUCAUUAAUUUUUAAACGCUGUGGAAAUAUUUAAAUUUUUUGCCAUAUUUGUACAAAUAGACGGUUUUUCUUUUCAUUUUUCCUUUAUCUACUCUGCACUUUUGCAUAACUGAAAAUUUUUCAUACCAUAAAUACUUUGCGUUUUUUAAUUGUAACACAGAGGUUUUAUAUUAGUCAUAGAGUUUAUAUAAAGGAAAGAUAAAAGAAGAUUUUUUUUUGUUGUUGUUGAGUUUUUUUGUUUGUUUGUUUACAGAAUGUAAAUGAAACAUUAAGAUUUUAAAAAUGCUCAUAAAAAGGGAGCGCUAAAUAUAUGGAAUUUCUAAUGAAUAAAUGAAUAUAUGUUUAUAUUUUCAUUUUGAUAGCAUUUAGUUUCUUUAUUUUCCUUUUAUCUCAUAUUUUUGUUUGUAGCUUUUUUAUGCAAGUCCAUAAGAUUUUUAUUUUAUUAUGAAAAAUCGAGUUGUUUAUCAAGUGAUGAAGGCUAUUCAAUUUUUUUUUUUCGUUAUUACAUAAAUAAAAAAACAGAAUUUUUAUGUUAGUUAUAUCUUACUUUCGAAGAAUUAUUGUUUUUAGUUGUUUAAUGUAAAAACGAAUAUUUAUUAGUAUGAUGUCUACUGAUGUCCUGUAAGGAUUAAUUGAAUACUUAAUAGAUUUAUAUA